UUUACCAGGAACAGGAAGGUGGUCGAUUACUCCCAGUUUCAGGAAUCAGAUGAUGCUGAUGAAGAUUAUGGAAGAGAUUCAGGUCCCCCCUCCAAGAAAAUCCGCUCGUCUCCCCGAGAGGCCAAAAAUAAGAGGAGAUCUGGGAAGAAUUCUCAGGAGGACAGUGAGGAUUCAGAAGACAAAGAUGUGAAGACUAAGAAAGAUGAUUCACACUCAGCAGAUGAGGAUUUUGGCAGUGAAGAUGAUGAUAUAGGAGCAGACGAUGGCAAAGCUGACAGUGACUACGAGAGCUCUCAAAAAAGCAAAAAAGGAAAAAAGGCUAAACCAGACAAGAACAAGAGAGCAGCCUCCAAAUCCAGGAAAAGGCCUGCAGAGGACAGCGAGGAUGAGAAGGAGGAUCACAAAAACGUCCGUCAGCAGCGACAGGCGGCGUCCAAAGCGGCUUCCAAACAGCGGGAGAUGCUCAUGGAUGACGUGGGGAGUGAGGAGGAAGAGCAGGAGGAUGAUGAGGCCCAGUUCCAGGAGACAGAUUCAGGAAGUGAUGAAGACUUCCUCAUGGAAGAUGAUGAUGACAGUGAUUAUGGCAGUUCAAAAAAGAAGAAUAAGAAGGUCUCCAAGAAAUCCAAGCCAGAGAGGAAAGAAAAGAAAAUGCCCAAGCCCAGGCUAAAGGCUACAGUGACCCCCAGUCCAGUGAAAGGCAAAGGGAAGGGAGGUCGUCCCACAGCCUCCAAGGCAACGAAAGAAAAGACCCCAUCCCCCAAAGAAGAGGAUGAAGAGCCUGAAAGCCCCCCAGAAAAGAAAAAAUCAGCCAGCCCUCCACCAGAGAAGUCAGGGGAUGAGGGAUCUGAAGACGAAGCACCCUCUGGUGAAGAUUAAAAAAUGGCAGUUGAGGAAACCUUUGGUUAAAAAAAAAAAGAGAAAAAAAAAAAAGAAAAAGGAAAAGAAAAACAUACUUAGGGGUAGAACACGGUUUUGGCUGUGGCUUGACUCAUGGGCUUUGAAUGCUGUCUUUACUUUCAGCUGUUUAAUACAGUGUAUCCUUUUUUAAUAAGAGGAAACCCUUAUACAGUAAUAUUUUGAAGUCAAUGUUCUCUGUUGGCCAUUCCGUUCUCCCUCCCCCACCAAAUCUGAAAGCCAUUUGAGACAAAUUAACAGACCAUUAAAUAUAUUUUUUUUUCAAGGGAUAUUGCAGUUGUGAAGCAAUAAGGUUUGAGGACUGAUAUGUGGAAACCAUACUUAAAAAAUCCUUAAGUAGAACAGAUUUUUUUCCCAGUGCUGGUAAGAGUUGUUUAAAACUAUUAUUCUGUAUUUGAAUAUAUGGAGAAAAAAAAAAAAAAAAAA